AUGGCUCCUUGUUCUCGUUGUGAGCGGAAUGGUUUGGAAUGCCGAACUUUGCCUGAAUCGAAGCGUUGUGGGGAGUGCGUUCGUUCGGGUUCCUUCAAGUGUGAUGUCUCUGGCCUUUCUCCUUCUGAAUGGGAUAUUCUUUCUAGAGAGGAGGCUCGUUUAGAAGCUGAAGAGGAGGCAGCUGCGUUGGCGGAGCAGGAGGCUUUUAGUUGCAGGAUGCUUAUUCGUAAGAAGCAAAAGCAGUUGCGCGAUCGUGGAUCCGAAAUGCUUCGACGAGGCGUCCGUUCUCUGGACGAACUAGAUGAAUUAUUAGAGAGAGAGAGAUUGGAAAAUGAGCGUGUGGGCAGAGAGGAGAGGCAAGCGGGUAUUGGUUCGUUGAUGCCUGCUGUCGCUAAUUCGAAUGUGUUGGAUAAUUUCGAUCCUUCCUCUUUCCUGAGUCCUUCGGACCCCUUUUCGUUCCAGAAUUCUUCGGGUCCUUUUUGGGGAGAUCCGGAUAGCGUUGGUGAAAUGCCUCCAACUUCUCAGAGCAGCUGA